CAUUUUUAGGUUAUAUGUGCCACCAUUGCCUUUGGAAUGGGGAUUGACAAACCGGAUGUCAGAUUCGUCAUUCAUUACUCCUUGCCAAAGUCGGUGGAGGGAUUUUAUCAGGAGGCGGGUCGAGCCGGGAGGGACGGACUACUAGCUCACUGUAUAAUGUACUACACGUACCAGGACGUCAAAAGACUGAGGAGGAUUAUAGAGAUGGAUCAGACAGGCACAUUUGAUUCCAAAAAAGUUCAUAUAGACAACCUCUUCAGAAUGGUACAGUACUGUGAGAACGUGGCCGACUGUCAAUGAUCACAGCUGCUUAAUUACUUCGGAGAGCGAGACUUUAAUCAAGAGGAGUGUGGGAAUUUCCGUGGAGCUAUUUGUGACAACUGUGUGU